AUCACCUGCUGGUAUUAGUACUAAUGAAACUAGGCAUGGAUACUUGUUAGAUUUGUGAAUAUCCGAAAGAAAAAACGCAUGUUAACAUAAAAUUAAUUUAUUUCAAUGUGUUUGAUUACACUGUAUAAUAUAAAAGUGCCUUUUAUAAAAUGGCAAACAAUGCUUUAGAAGAAUAUGAUUUAUUCUCGGAUAGCAGAUAUAGAUCUUAUGUUACAGCAGUUGACAAAGCACUUAAAAGUUUUGAAUAUACAAGUGAAUGGGCAGAUUUAAUUUCUGCUCUUGGAAAAUUAAAUAAGGUACUCUUAAGUAAUGUAAAAUAUUCUGUUAUUCCAAAACGUAUAACAAUAAGCAAGCGUCUAGCACAAUGUAUGCAUCCAGCAUUGCCAAGUGGAGUUCACUUAAAAGCUCUAGAAACUUACGAUAUUAUAUUCAAAUGCAUUGGUUUAAACCGUCUUAGUCAAGAACUUUUUAUUUAUAGUGCUGGCUUAUUUCCUUUGUUGGGACAUGCUGCCAUGAAUGUUAAACCAGUUCUAUUAACUAUUUAUGAAACACAUUUUGUUCCUCUUGGACAAAGGUUACGGCCUGGUUUAAAUGGCUUUCUUACAGGUGUUUUGCCUGGUUUAGAAGAAGGAUCUGACUACUAUGAAAGGAUAGAUCAAUUGUUGAUGAAGGUUUGUGAUGGAGUUGAAAAAAGCUUUUUUUACGGCAGCUUAUGGAGGUGUAUUAUGUCUAAUCCAAGCAUUCGUCUUCCAGCAAUUUGUUUUAUAACAUCUCAUUUUAACAAGAAAUUAACUAUGGAAGAUCAAUUAUAUAUAAUUGGAACAGAUAUAGAUACAAUGGUUCAUGCAAUUUGUUCCUCUUUACAAGAUAGCAGUGUACUUGUCCAGCGUUGUGCUUUAGACUUACUUUUAUUAGGCUUUCCUGUAUAUAAUAGUCAAUUGGUUUCUUCUGAUAUGGUAAAAAUUGUAACAUCUGCUGUUACUGUAGUUCUAAGGAGGGAUAUGUCAUUAAAUAGGAGAUUAUUUGGAUGGUUAUUGGGUAAUAAUGUGACUUGCAAUGUUUCUCCAACAUCAGAUCAAACUUCAGCACAAAUAGAAAAUAUUGAAGAAAAUGAAAGCAAUACUUACUUUGAAAAAUAUUCUAAAGAUUAUUUGUUACAAGCUGUUAAAAUGUGUUUUGAUAGUCCAGAAAAUCAUUUAAAUUUACCUGGAUCGCUUUCUGGAUCUCCAGUUUUAUGGAGUUACCGUCUUCUUAUUAGUUUGUUAGAUAGACCUGAAAUUAGUUCAGUUAUUUUGGAUGAAAUAUUAAUAGAAGUGUUUCGAUCUUUGUAUAAAGAAAACAAUAAUUGGUCAAGCCAAAAUAAUAAAACCAAGGAAUCUAAAAAUAAUUCUGAGUUAAUUAAAACAGCAAAUUUAUUAUUUGGAACAUUUGAACCAUAUUAUUUAUGGGAGUAUUUAGCAAGAAUUUUUCAAGUAGCCUGUAUCAAAUCUGGUGAGCAAACAAUUGAAAUGGAAAGAUCUGUACAAUAUAUUGGUGCUGAAACACCUACAGUUCAUGAACUCUGUAUUUUAAUAGAGUUUCUGCUGAAUAUUGUUUCAUUGGAAACAUAUCCAGAGACAAGAACGGAGUAUCUUCCGGAUCUUCUGACUAAAAUAAGCAAUGCAUUAGCCAAAUACUGUGAUAUAUUAAUGCCAGCUGAACUUUCAUCAUCUCUACAGUUAUGCUCAAAAUUAUUAUCUAAAGUUCAGCCAGUUGUAAUUAGUGUUUCUUCAGAUAGUGAAAAUGAUAAUAGUACUGAUGUAACUGUAGAUUCUAAGUCCCACAAUGUGCCUUAUGAACAGAAUUGUGCCAACACUGAAAAUAGCAUAAAUCAUUUUUUCCUUAAUUCUCAGAAUUUAGACAAAAAGGUAGAAUUAAUUAUAGGUUUGAGGAAAGUUUUAUCUGAAAAUCCUGAUACAUCAGUUUCAUCAUCUGAACAUGUUACUUCGAAUGAUUCUUUUGAUGGUAAUGAGAAACAGAAUUUGAGUUUGAAUACAGUUUUGCCAACUACAUCAAUUGGUUACUGUGUUGAAAGUGUGCAAAAUUUAUUUGUGAAGUUUGUAAAAUUAAAACUGUUUGACACUAAUGAUAACUACAUUUAUUGUUUUAAUAAAUUAUUGGCUCCAAAAAUAGAUGGAGAAAAGCAGAGGGAACAGAAAUUGAAAAAUCUUCUUCUUAAGUGCCUUGGAACUGUCUCUGAUGAAACUAUAGAAAGGACCAAGAAAGAACAAGACAAUUUAACAGAUUCUCCUGAAGAAAUAUCAGAGAAAGUAGAACUUAAUUUAAAAUCUGAUGCAUUAAAUAUAACUGAAGCAUUUCAGAAUUUGUGUCAUCUUUUUGUUGAAUUGUCAUCUUUCCCUAUGUACUGUACAACAUCAAAACAUUUUGUGGAUGUGAAAUUGAAACAUGAUGAAUGUUUAUCAUUACCUGAAUGGUUGAAGAUGCUAUUAGUAAUAUCUUGUUUUGUAAAUGUUGAUGAUUUUCAUUUUCCUGCCAUAACAACUAUUGUAGAAUUAAUUGCUCUCACGCAAUCUAUUAAAAUUGCACCAGAAACAAAUCAGACAAGCCCAGUUCCUGCUUCUCCCAAUUCUGUGCAUUCAUCAUCAUCAGUUGUUUCUGUUGUCAUUGUUCCUAUGAUAAAUUCUGCUGAACUAGAAUAUAUCUGGGAUGAAAUGAUGUUUUUUAAUAUUGCUGUUGUUAAAUUAUGGAAAUAUUUGGAUGAAAGUUUGCCUAAAUAUCAUCUUCAUAGUGUUGAGCUUUUGCAACAAUUACAUAAUUUAGCCAAAGAUAGCAAUGUAUGUGAAAAAAUUGUAUGUAACUCUAUGGCCAGUACUAAUGAAUUGGAACAAGUAUCUGCUCAGAAAAAGUUCUGCAUUUUAUGGCACAUGACUCGAGAUUUGAGAUUGAAAUCUACUCCUACUCGAAUGAUGAGAGCAUUUGAUAGGUGUUUAUUUCUAAUGUUAGAAAAUUUGGGGAAAGAAACAGGACCUCAGAAAGCUGUUUCUCAAUGUUGGUUAAAUCAUUCCUUACAGCGUGGUGAUGUUGCUAGGAUACUUGAACCAAUAUUAUUAAUUUUACUACAUCCUGAUUCAGCUAGAGUGUCCAUCCAACAUGUCAGUGUCCACUGUCCAAAAUUAAAAUCAGAUGAUGAAACAGAACAGGAAGAAUUAAAGGAAGCAAAAAUUUAUGCUAUUAGCAGUGUAAGUGGGAAUGUUAUAUAUCAUGUAAGUGAUGAUAGUCAUACCUCAUCUCAUCAGGGAAGUCCAGAGAAAAAAAUACUUGCUCUAACAUCAAUAAUAAACAUGGGAAAUAAAGAAUCUAAAGUAGUUACAUCAAAUUCAAUGCUACAAGAUUUUGAGCUGCCAUCAUCACAUGAACGUGAAAUUUCACUCCCUAUUUCCUUAUUUGUUAAUCCAUUUGGAUCCCUCAUGUCUUUAAAUAGUGAUAUGACUAAUGAAACAUCAAAUCUACCAGAUCUAACUAAUGUGAAAAGAUUAGAUAGUACAAGCAGAAUAAUUAAUUCUUUUGAUGAUAAUGAAGUAGAAUCAAAACCUGUUUCUGUUGAACAACAGAAAGAAAUGUCUUCUGUGGAAAUAGUUUCUAGUAUUUUAGAUGAAAUUCUGAAUAUUGUUACAUCUGAAAACAAAAUAGAAAAUGAUAAUGUUUUUGGGUUUCCUUCAGAUUAUGGACUAGAAGAAAUUUAUCAAGAGUUAGAAAGCAUAUCAUUAUCCAGAAAUAAAAUUCCUAGGGAUAAUGAUAACACUGAUUUGUCUGAAAAUCAAGAUUAUGAAAUGCUUACUAUUCAUCCACUUCAUUCAUAUAUUCUUUUAUACUGUCAAGUCUAUGAUUCUCAAAAAACUAUGUAUGCUUUAUCUUCACUCAAAGCAGUUAUUUUAACAAAUCCUCGUGUUGCAUUAUGUAACAUGUCCACAACCAAUAUCAGCAGUUCAUUAAGUUCUAGAGGACAGGAAUUACAAAUAUUACUUGCUAGACAUAGAAAGUCUGUGUUUGGAAACAAUUUUCAUGGAGAAAUAAAUGCAGAAUCAAUAACUGCAUAUCGUAGCAGCACAUUUGUUGAAGUAAUUGUGUCCGCUUGUCUUUAUUACAUUCGUGGAUAUUAUCCUAAUUUUCCCCAAGUUCGAUUAACUGAAGAAGAAGUAGUCGGAAACAGAAAUGUGAGAUUGUUGUGCACCGAAGUUCUUACGCUUGUGUUUUCUGAAUUAGUUGGAAUUGUGAAAGAUAGUGGCAAGAGUUUUGCUUCUUAUUUGAAUGAUCUAUUGAUGAGAUGCAAAGUGCAAAAGAUUUUGCUUCACUGCCUGAUCGCAAGUGUAUAUAAUUUGCAGUUAACACAAAAAGAUUAUUCUGAAAGGCAAGUGACAUUUACAGAAACCAUUAUUGAAUUUAGUGAAAGACCAUCUAAAGGUGAUCAAGAUAAAGAAAAAAAAGAUGAUUUUCAAGAUACAUUUCAAAUAUAUUUAUUACGUUUAGUAGCAACUUUAAUUGUUUUAGAAGAUACAAUUAUAUCUCAGUGCAGUUCAGAAAAAGAUGGACGGAGUGGUUCAAGUAUUAAGACAGAUGGAGCAGAAAGGACAUCUCGCACAAGAUUUUCCAAUCAGAUGUCUUCAGAUAAAUAUCAUCCAGGUAUUCACAUUCCAUCACAACCAAUGUUAUUGACAGCCAUCAUCAGUGCUCUUCGUCAGACACACAAAACUCAUCUCCAUACAUAUUGGUUAUCAUUAGUGACAUCAACUCUACCAUUUGCUGGUUGUUCUCUCACUCAUUUAGUGAUAUCUGUUGUUAGUCAGUUAUGUCAUAAUCUGGAAAUGGUGGCAUCUGUUUAUAGUUAUGAUGUUAAUUCUGACAAGAAUGAAAAAUUAUCCCAAGAACUUUUUGAAACACCACCAGAUUAUCUGUUAACAAUUAUUGAAGGCUUGACGACUUUGUGCCAUUAUUGUUUACUAGAUUCUCCGGCCCCUGUUUCGACGCCAAUUAGUCCCCCGCCUUUACCACCGACUCCUUCUCAGCCAUACGCACCAGGUGCUAAUGCAUCACAAAUAAUUAGCAAUCUUCUUCAUGUAUUUUCUACAUCAAAUGGUCAAAAGUAUAUAACAGCAUAUCAAGAACAUGGUAAUUCAAAGGAGAUAAUACUUACGACACGUCGUGUUCUUUUAAGCAACAUGCCACGUAUUUUGGCCAGCAUCAGUUCUGUAUGGCAAUCUUUAAUGAUUAUGGAACAAAAGAAACCUGAUCUUCCUCAACCUUCUAGAAUUAUGGGCUCACCAAAGGCAGUAAAACAGCACAUUUUAAGCUUCUUAAGCCCAAUAUCUUUGAAUUAUGGAUCUAAUUUUAUGGCAGCUGUAGCAGUUGUAUGGUUUGAUUAUCGUUUGAAAGGAUCAUUUACUUCUAGAAAAGUAAAUUUAACAUGGUCUAAUGAACAACUGUUACUUGUCCAGCUUGUUGGUGCAAUAAAAGUUUUGCCCAUGGAAACAGUAGUCCAAAAUGUUAGGCAAGUUUUACGUCAACCGCCAACAACAUCGUAUGAUAAAAAUAAAAGUAAUAAAAAAGUUCCAUUGGAAGUAAAUGUUCUUCAGUUCUUUCUGGCUUAUGUUCAAAACACUUCAGGAUCACAACUUAAUGAAUCUCGUCAGUCUCUGUUAGGUCUUUGGAGAGAUGGUCUUCAAAUUGUUUCUUUGCCACCGGUACAGUUUCAUCUUCUUGCAAUACUUCAUGAAUUUGUACAGAAAACACCACUUAUUGAAGAUAAAAAGAAUCAAAAAGAUCUUCAAGAUGUAGCACAAAAAUUAAUUGAAGCAUGUAGUACAGUGGCAGGCUCAUGCUUAGAGCAGACCACUUGGUUGUGGAGGAAUUUGGCAGUUCGACCUGGUCCACAGCAUGACAUACCAGAUUCUGAUCCAGAUGUUGAAGAAGAACCACCUGUUGAAGAAAAUAAGAAUCAGUCAGGAGAUAAGGAAGACAUAUCACAGUUAUCCAGCAAUGGCAUUAAUAACACUCAAUAUUAUAGUGUACAAGCUCUUUGUGUAUUAGCAGAGUAUCUUGCUCCAGUAUUAGAUGUUGUUUAUGCCAGUGAAGAGAAAGAAAAGGUUGUUCCUCUUCUCAACAGCAUUAUGUAUUAUGUUACUCCAUACUUAAGAAACCAUGGUCCCCACAAUAUUCCUAGUUUUCGUGCUUGUUCUCAAUUAUUGGCCAGUGUGUGCACUUACCAAUAUACUCGCAAAGCUUGGAGAAAAGACGUAUUUGAACUUCUUUUGGAUUCAGUAUUUUUUCAAAUGGACACUGUUUCUAUUAAAUAUUGGCAAACAAUCAUCGAUCAUCUCAUGACACAUGACAAGACUACUUUUAGAGACUUCAUGACGCGAGUUGCAAUGGCACAGUCGGCUUCAUUGAGUCUGUUUAGCAGCAAAGAACAGGAGUAUGAACAGAGAGCACAAUUGUUGAAGAGAUUAGCAUUUGUUCUGUUCUGCAGUGAAGUUGAUCAGUAUCAAAGAUUUAUGCCAGAUAUUCAAGAACGACUUUCUGAAUGUCUCAGAUUACCACAGGUGCCUUCCGUUCAAGCGCAGGUGUUUUUGUGUUUUCGUGUAUUGUUGAUACGUGUCUCUUCGGAGCACGUGACUUCUCUGUGGCCUGUCAUAAUUACAGAAAUGGUUCAGGUGUUUCUACAGGUAGAACAUGAACUUUGGACUGAUUCAGAAGAAUUUAGAAAGAUUCCAAGUUCUCAUCUUCGUAGACUUUCGACAUUGGAUAGCACUUGGGUGGUGACCAAUAGUAACGGUCUGAAUGCUCACAAUCAUCCGGCCUGGCUGCAACUGUAUCUCUCCACCUGCAAAUUACUGGAUAUGGCAGUGGCUCUUCCUUCGGAUAUGCUCCCUCAAUUUCAAAUGUAUCGGUGGGCUUUUGUCGGCGACAGUCCGUCCUCGUCAUUCGAACGGCCAAAAGAAAAGCUGUCGUCUAGCGCCCCUUCCGACUUCACGCCACACAUUGUGAGAAUAGCGGCACGCUUAAACAAAAAGUUUCCUAGCCAAGACAAACUUCAUUUUUCUCCGGGAAAGCCUUUAUUAGAUAUAACAAAUAUCAAAUCGCUGCAAGAGUUACAGCCAUUUUUUAACACAAUGGCAGAUAUCACGACUAGUCAGCACUGCAUGGAAAAUACAAAUCACAUAGAAUGCAUAAGGUCGGGAACGACCGCAUCAGAAAUGAGCAGUUAUCUCGCUCCGAUUGCAAUAGACAACAAGACGGCAAAGACCACGCUGCAGUCCAUCGAGCACAUUCUCGAGCGCGACUUCCUCGAAAUCCGACCGGGCUGAGUGUCGGACCAGCUCACGAUAAUUACGUACAAAUGCCAAUUGUUUAUAAUCUUAACUUCUCUAAUGGAAGAUAUUCAUUUUAUCUCUAUGUAUAUAAGAAUUUUUCUAAUUUUAACAAUCCAAAUAUCUGUUGUAGGAGAGGAGGAUCAUAUAUAAAAGGAAAUGUAGAUAAUGUUAAAGAAUGUAUCAUAAAUUAAAAGAUUAUUUUGUAAUUUCAAUGGGACAAUGUCUGCUUCUGUUAAUCUAAAUGGAAAUAUUUUAUGCAGUAAAGUCUUGUUUCAAAAAUGUUUAAAUUGAUUUUUUUUGGGUCUAUUUAUUUUAAUUGCUAAGUUAAGUUGUCAGUCUGAUUAAGUUUUUAUCAUUUGGAAUUUGAAAGAUGAUAAAAAAAUUUAUUUUUACUUGCUUGUCAAGUACAUAUAUACAGUA